AUGCACAAAUUCGAUCACGCAUUAUUAUUGUCAAGAGUACAUGGGGGGUUUAUAUGUACUCUUGUUUAAUAUUGUGUGUACUCGAGUAUUCGUUGAAGCCAUUUCCUGGACAGCUUGCAUAGUCUUUGAAGCGUGGUGCUUUUUUUAUUCAGUUCACCUUACUGCGAGUAUUUUUAUACUAGUACCGUAUUUUCAAAGGAAUGGCCAGUUUGCAAUUCGCACCCUUCUCAAGUGCUCUGAACCACGGCUUUUGGCAUGUCCUGACGCGCAAGAAGCUGGAAGAAUUUCGUUUGAGUGACGAGGCGCGUGUUAUUCAUGGCAGCUACAGCAAUGGUGACCAGCAAGGUUUGCCGUGUCGAAUGUCCAUCGAUUUUGAUGCCUUUGAGAGUGAUGGGUCCGUGCCACGCCGUGCAUCAGUGGCACCCGGAAUGCUUCUGCUGAAGAAUACUAUGGAUGAUUUCAAGUCAGCAGACAAGAAGAAGAUCAUUGAGGAGGCUGGCAAGCAAAUUUGGGAUGACAUCCAAAGUGGAGCGGUCCUUGAGAAUCCCAGUCUGUUGAGUCGGUUUGCUCUCCUAACCUUUGCAGACUUGAAGAAGUAUUACUACUACUUUUGGUUUGCCUUUCCUGCACUGGCUGCCGAGGAGGGUACAUUUGAGUCGGACACACCGAAGAAGCUUGUCGAUGUCUAUUCCCCAGAUCAGAUUGUUGCACUGCAGUCCUCAGUGGAUGCACUAAUCAAUGCUGGCAAAGGCGUGCAGCACAGCUACUUUGUGAUUCGAUCCUCCGGUGAUACCAGUCUUGAAGCUGACCUUCUCAGUAACUGGGAAUCUGCCAUUGUUGAUGGCUGUUUGACUGUUGGGUUUUGUGACCCCUGCACAUUGGAGCUAAAUCCUGGAUGGCCAAUGAGAAAUCUUCUCGCACUAGCUCUGGCUAAAUGGCGGGACACCGUGACAGUGCUACGCGUGGUUUGCUUCAGAGAUCGGACACGAGAAGGCAAGCGAGAGACCUCACACAGCUUGGUGAUAAACCUGAAACUGGCCAAGCUAGAUCAAGACAGUACAGCAACAGAGUGUCCCAAAGUGGUCGGGUGGGAGAAGAAUGAACGUGGCAAGCUGGGACCGCGCAUGGUCAACCUGAGUACAAGCAUGGACCCUGCCAGGCUAGCUGAGUCUGCUGUUGACUUGAACCUGAAAUUGAUGCGGUGGCGCCUGCUGCCCUCGUUGAACCUGGAGAAGAUAGCAUCCACCCGCUGUCUUCUUCUGGGCUCUGGUACACUGGGCUGCAAUGUGGCUCGCAGCUUGCUGGCUUGGGGUGUGCGUCAGAUCACGUUUGUCGACAAUGGCAAAGUGUCGUACAGCAACCCAGUGCGGCAGACCCUGUUCACCUUCGAGGACUGCAUCAAUGGAGGCAAGCCAAAGGCGCAGACAGCUGCUGAGAGACUGAAACAGAUCUUUCCUGGCGUUCAAACCAAGGGUGUGUCUCUGUCCGUACCCAUGCCUGGACAUGCUGUGGCUGCUGGCCAGGAUGAGGAGCAAGUACGCAAGGAUGUUCAAAUUCUGGAGCAGCUGAUUGAUGAGCAUGAUGUUGUCUUCCUGUUGAUGGACACCCGUGAGAGUCGCUGGCUUCCAACAGUGGUAGCAGCAUCCAAGGGCAAGCUCGUUAUGAAUGCAGCGCUCGGCUUUGACACGUAUGUGGUCCUGCGGCAUGGCUUCCGUGGUCCCAAGCCGGACAAGACAGCAGAAGACAGUGGUGGCGCUGGAUCUGCAGCCACCAACUUGAGUGCCGCUGAGCAAGCGCUCAGUGGCAAGCUGAUCAGUGGAGGCGAUCUUGGCUGCUACUUCUGCAAUGAUGUUGUGGCUCCAGGAAAUUCAACGCGGGAUCGCACUCUUGAUCAGCAAUGUACAGUAACCAGGCCAGGCGUGUCUAUGAUUGCCAGCGCCCUAGCUGUUGAGCUCAUGGUUUCGGUUCUCCAGCAUCCAGAUGGUGGACAUGCUGCGGCUGACUCUAGUGCCAAUGAAGGCCAUUUGGAAGCUCCGCUGACGUCGGCACUCGGCCUUGUACCCCACCAGAUCCGUGGCUUCCUUUCACGUUACCAGACCGUCUUGCCUCCGAGCAUAGCUUUCUCCAAGUGCACCGGCUGCUCACCACUUGUAGUCCAGCGCUAUGAAGCUGAAGGUUUCUCUUUCCUUCUGAAUGCGUUCAAUUCACCAACGUUUUUAGAGGACGUCACUGGUCUGACAGAAUUGCACAAAGAAACGAUGGAUGCUGAGGUAUGGGAAGUGAGUGACGAUGAUGAUUUUUGAGAGCUUCAAAUUUAACAUCACGAGCUGCUUCAAAUUUGUGGAUUUUUAUCAUACGUAUUUGCCUUGAAAAAUUGUUGCAGCUUCUUAAAAUUAUUUGCAUCACAUUAUAAUUCCAUGCCCUUUCUGGUGCCAUCUAUCUUUUCAUGAAAUUUAGACUCAAAUCACUCAAUUUCUAGGCUUAUUUUUUCUUAGGCAAUUUUCACCCCAACAUUCCCAAGUACAUAUGUCGAGAACGGUAGGGGAAGACAGACUCAUCAGACUCAUUCUCAUACCACAGUUUCCUUUCUAAAAACUUCACCUUCAACCAUAAUCAAAAAACUUGCCAACCACCCCCGUAUGUGUGUGUGCGUGCGUGCAUCAUGCAAGCGCGGAGCGGAAU